AUGCUCCUCGCGCUCGUCCUGUCGGCCGCUGCGGCGCUCGCGGCGCCGGGACCAUAUGUCACCGUCGGCGACAAUGUCAACAACCUCGGCGCGCGGGGCACCUUUCCAACGGUCACGAUCACGACGCCGGCCGGCAGCCUGAUCGGCCUGGCACGCAACGACGCCGAAGCGUUUACUGGCAUCCCGUUCGCGCAGCCGCCCGUCGGGCCGCUCCGCCUCGCCCCGCCCGUCAGGAUCACGACCCCGCUCACCAACUUUGACGCGACGCAGCAGGCGCCCGCGUGCCCCCAGAUGCUGGCGGACGCAUCGGCAAACGACAUUAUCUCGCAGGUGCUCAACUCGGUCGCCGCCAACCCGUUCUACAUUUCGAGCACCAAGGCGCAGGAGGACUGCCUCAACAUCAACGUCUACCGCCCCAAGGGCACAGUCGCAGGGGCUAACCUGCCUGUUCUGUUCUGGAUCUUCGGCGGCGGCUUCGAGAUGGGCUACAACAGCCAGUAUGACGGCGGCUCCCUCGUCGCCAACUCGGUCGCGCUCGGCAAGCCAUUCGUCUUGGUAGCCGUCAACUACCGCGUCGGGGGCUUCGGAUUCAUGCCAGGAAAGGAGAUCAAGGCUGCCGGCGCGGCCAACCUGGGCCACCUCGACCAGCGGAUAGGGCUCGAGUGGACGGCGGACAACAUUGCGGCGUUCGGCGGCGACCCAUCAAAGGUGACCAUCUGGGGCGAGUCGGCCGGCGCCAUCUCCGUCUGGAACCAGAUGUGCCUGUACGACGGCAACAACAAGUACAAGGGCAACCCGUUGUUCCGCGGCGGCAUCAUGAACUCGGGCGGUAUCGCUCCCGCUGCGCCGGUCGACUCGCCCCGAGCGCAGGCAAUCUACGACCGCGUUGUCUCGCAGACUGUCUGUGCUGGACAGGCCGACACGCUCAACUGUCUCCGCGGGCUGCCGUACGCCGACUUCCUCAAGGCGGCCAACUCGGUCCCCGGGAUGCUGAGCUACACCUCGAUCGCGCUCAGCUACCUCCCCCGCCCGGACGGCAAGGUGCUCACCGCCAGCACCGACGUCCUUGCCAAGCAGAACAAGUAUGCCGCCAUGCCGAUGAUCUCGGGCAACCAGGAGGACGAGGGCACCUUGUUCACCUUGUUCCAGGCCAACUCGUCCGCGACGACCGACCUCAUCACGUCGUACCUCAACACGGUGCUCUUCCCCAACGGGCCCACGGCAACUGUCGCACAGCUGGUCAACUCGUACUCGCCGUGGAUCUGGGACGGGUGGCCGUACGGCACGGGCGUGUUGAACGAGUGGUACAUUGGCUUCAAGCGCCUCGCGUCUAUCCUCGGCGACCUGACCUUCAUACUCGCGCGCCGGAUCCAACUGACUGCCACGACGACAAACAACCCCUCGAUCCCGGCGUGGUCAUACCUCUCCUCGUACUACUACGGCACGCCCGUGCUGGGUACCUUCCACGGCAGCGACCUCAACUCGGUGCACUUUGGCGUCGGUCUGUCCAGCGCAGGGGUCAAGGGUAUCCAGAGCUACUACGCCAACUUUGUGUACAACCUCGACCCAAACAACGCAUCGGGGGGUACCUCGACCGCGAGCGCAGUCAGCUUCAACUGGCCAAAGUACGACACGAAGAGCCGCACAAUGAUCAAGUUUAACCUGCUCAACUAUGAGACCAUCGCCGAUACGUUCAGGAGUGCGUCGUACGACGUGCUCAGUGCCAAUCCGAGCGUGUUCCAGAUUUGA